UGUAAUAAAUGUAUAUUAUAUCUUCAUGCGUUAUGUAAUUUUUCUACAAAGUACUCAUUCUGUAGGCUAACGUCGAUACACAGAAAGAAGUAUAAUGACCAUAUGGUAAUUAUUUGGUCAUGCCAAGGCUAUUAUCAAAAGGUCUUAAUUUAUACAAAGCUGCAAUAACUGUGGCAUUUAGUCGCAAGUAUCUGUUUUGCACCAAUGUCUUGAUAUCUAUGGGAAUCUCAAUGUGUGGAGAUGUGUUAGAGCAGACAUAUGAAAUUCAAACUAAACAACAAGCUAGUUGGGAUUUUGAGCGUACUAGUCAAAUGGCAUUUUCCGGAAGCACAGCUGGCUGCCUAUGUCACCAUUGGUACAUCUUUUUAGAUAAAGUAAUAAUUGGCAGGACAUUUGACAUGGUAAUCAAAAAGUUAGUCCUGGACCAGUGUAUUUGUUCCCCCAUCAUAAUUUUAUCUUUCUUUGCUACAGUAGCUAUAUUUGAAGAUGAUCCAAUAGAAAAUCUAACCGAAGAAGUUAGUGAAAAGUUUUGGACUCUUUAUAAAGCUGAAUGGGUUGUAUGGCCACCCGCACAGAUUAUUAAUUUUUAUCUUUUACCAACUAGAUACAGAGUUGCAUAUGAUAAUACAGUUUCUUUAGGAUAUGAUGUUUAUACUUCCCAUGUUAAACAUGCCAAGCCCAAAAAAAAGGAAAAUUCAAAAGAGUAAAAACAGGAAGUUUAUAAUGACCUGGGAAAUUACUAACUGUAUCAGAUAGGCCAGUGCUUGCGUUCAUUGCACUGUAUUUUUAUAUAAUUAAUUGUACUAUAUGAAAAAUAAAAAGUAAUGACUAAAAAAUGUUUUU